AUGCGUUUGACAAUUUCUCUCGUGGCACUGAGCCUUUUUGGCUUUUCUCUUGCUACUGGUGAGACCCAGAACGCAUUAUCUUCUUGCGAGCCUGUCACUGAGACAAUCACCGUCUCGUUCUGCCAGAGCGAGACCGCUCUUCUCUCUGCAGUCGGCUCGGCUAUCACACAGUCGUUCUCAACCAUCACCAGCUACUCUACUCUGACUAGCUAUGGGACUGUCGCUCCUUCGCAAUCUGCCGCUGGCCCUGUCUCUUCUGAUGAUCUGCUGCCUUCUGGUUCGGGCUAUUCCUACAUUGCUCAGGAUGGCACAACCAGCUGGAUCAACGGCAUCUCUCCCACCAGCAGCUUCAGCUCGUUCCUCACCCAGACUAUCGAGGUGACUGUCUUCCCUACCCCCAGUAACGAUCCUGAGGUCAUCGUUACCCAAACCACGGUUGUUACCAUCACGCCCCCUGCUGUCACUUCCUUCCUACCACAAUCCUCCGUGGCCUUGGCUGGUUCUUCGAACGAGGAUACUUCAACCUCGACAGUUACUUCUUACCUAACCAAGAGCGUCAUCUCGGUCCUGACUGUUUACCUGUCAUCCAAGAGCUCCAAGUCUGUUGCUCCUCACUCGAUACACACCUUGACCGGACCUCCAACCUCUACUACAAUCACUGUCGAGUUUGCAAGCACCUCAGAACCAGUCUGUUCUGUCAGCUACGUCGAUGUUACCACCGACCUUACCUAUACUGUCCUUACUACCCCUUCUGCCGGCUUCACUUCCGUCAUGAACAGUGCUGGCAAUCUCAGUUCUCUCGCUUGGGCUGCAUCUGCCUGGAACGUUACUCUUACUGGUUCUCUUCACAAGCCAUCGGGCACUGUCUCAACUCUCACUGGUUCGGUCGUGUCGUCUGUUUCUGUUGGGGCUGCUUCCCGCGAGAUAGCCACAGCUAUCUCGCCCAUCGUCCUUUCGUCAGCCUACCGCCAAGGCAAGAAUGUCAGCUCAACCAUGGCCUCCGCUACUGGAUACAUCCCUUUCAUUCCAGUCCCUGCAAUCUCUUUGAGCGCACCUGCUGCGUUCUCGCGUACACCGUCAACUUUGACCAGGAUGUACAUCAACACUUCGAGCUCUCUGCCGAUGUCCACCGUGUGUGGUGAACAUGGCGACUUUACGUUGACUUGGGAUGAUGAGCCCAACUUUUUGCCUACAGACCCUAUCACUGAACCUAGUCAAGCCUCGCCUGUCUUCAAUCCGUACCACCACAUGUACUUCUCGGAUGGUUUUGUUUACGCUCCACCCCCAACUCUGCCUUUCUUGCCUGUCUCCUCUCCUCGUCUUGUCAUGUUCGUGGCAAACAAGACUAGCGAUAACGAAAAUCACAGCGAGGGAGGGCAAGUUUCUGGUGAGAUUGGUGCCGGCACACGCAGAAGCUCAAGUGCAUUCUGGUUCAAUGCUCGUAGCGCCUACCUUGGAUGCGAUAACCAUUCUGCCUACCAAUGCAAGCUGCAGAUCACAGGCCUUGUCUACAACGAGCAUACCAAGUCCGAAGUGGCAGCAUUCCACCAGACCGUCUCGCUUCUCUCCUGCCUCCUGCCCGACAACUGCGAGCUCAAGAAGGUCUACUUUGACUCGUCUAUGAAGGAACUGAGUGGUCUUCGUAUCCAGGCUUCUGCCAACGAGGAGCCUGUCUCUUGGUUCAUGGACAACCUUGCUCUCGGUUGGUCCGACAACACUUGCGCUGCUGGCUUGCUGAGAGGUAGAAGCCAGUAA